AUGGUCUUUCAUUUUCAGGUAACUUUCACCCGAACAUUUCUCGAUAAAUCCGAUAAUUUGCUGAGAGUUCCCAGCACGUUCCAUGAAGAUAAACGAAAAUCAAAAACGAAAAAAUCACCCAAACGUACAAUACAGAAGAUAAUAAAAAAGAAUAACGUAAAACGCAAAAGAAUCUUCAUACAUCCAGUCACCAACACACCAACACAAUCUACAGCGAAUAAUAAACUUGAUAGUAUUUAUUCUAGGCAAAAUGAGGACACACAUACAACGGAAGCAAAUUCACGUAAACGUCCAAGAAAGAAUUCUAAAGUCGUAAGAUACCACAUGCCUUUUCAUAAACUACAGAAAACGAGAAGAAACAAAAGACAAAUAUAUGGACCCAGAAAUAAUGUAGUAGAUGCAAUAGGAAUACUUAGAAGUAAAAGGGAUACAAAUGGAGAUGAUAUAAUGAUUUUAAAAGAUUUAGAUGAAAUAGAGUUUGUAGAUAGCGAUAAGGAUUACAAUGUUGUUAGGGCGCAUGUGCAGAAUGUGUGGUAG